UUCCUCCUCCAGAGCACAUGCCCGGGGAGAUCCGGGAGAGGAGCAGCUGGCCCCGCACACAGAUCCGCAGACAGCAGCUCGGACCCGGGGCUGAUCAGGGGGAAGACCCGCGGAGGACACCGAGAUGGCUCUAGCCAGAGACCCGGCGGCGGCCCCGGAGCAGAGAGACGCGGCCGACCAGAACUUUGACUACAUGUUCAAGCUGCUGAUCAUCGGCAACAGCAGCGUGGGGAAGACGUCCUUCCUGUUCCGCUUCGCUGACGACUCCUUCACCUCGGCCUUCGUGAGCACCGUCGGCAUCGACUUCAAGGUCCAGACUGUGUACCGGAACGACAAGAGGGUGAAGCUGCAGAUCUGGGACACGGCGGGGCAGGAGCGGUACCGGACCAUCACCACCGCCUACUACCGGGGGGCCAUGGGCUUCCUGCUCAUGUACGACAUCACCAGCCAGGACUCGUUCUGCGCCGUCCAGGACUGGGCGACGCAGAUCAAGACCUACUCGUGGGACAGCGCUCAGGUGGUUCUGGUGGGAAACAAGCUGGACCUGGAGGAGGACAGACAAGUCCCCGCGGAGGACGGACAGAGAGUCGCCACGGAGCUGGGUUUCCAGUUCCUGGAGGCGAGCGCCAAAGACAACGUGAACGUGAAGCAGGUGUUCGACCGGCUGGUGGACGUGAUCUGUGAGAAGAUGAACGAGAGCGUGAACGGGGCGUCGCCGGCGCCGCCGGGGGGUCAGACGGGCGACGCCCUGAAGGAGCAGCCGCCCCCCGGCCAGACGGGCUGUGGGUGCUGAUGAGAAUCAUCUGUAACUGUUUACUCCGAGAAGCCAAAGAGCAGCAGCUGUGCCUUUAUCCGUUAUCUUAGUUUAUUUUAUUUGGUUUUUGUCCACACUUGAGUCCUGUGGUUCCGCUGUGCAUGUCUCUGGUUCCGCUGUGCAUGUCUCUGCAGUGUAGCGGGUCAGAACCUGUUGCAGGUGAGAUUUCUGCAGCAGUGAAUGAGCAUGACGCAUGAAUCUCUGUGGCUGCAACACCGCCCCCUCGUGGCCGUUAGACAAAACUACACCAAAUACCUGAGCUGAGGUCACACAGCUCCAUCACACACACACACACACACACACACACACACACACACACACACACACACACACACAUGUGACGAGGUAAUUUGGGCUACAUGUAUUUAUUGUUUGUCCUUUCUGUAUAUUUAUCCAUAUUUUGUGCCUC